AUGGCUAGAAAUGAAUCGCAGUCGCAGCCAAGUAGCUCAAACACGAACCAACCCGUCCAGAACGGUGUGCCGAAACAGGUUAAAAUAUCCGUCAAAGUUCUUUCUGCAAAGCUCAGUUCUAGCGGUGGAUUUCUAAGUAAACCAGCCGAUUCCUAUGUGGAAGUCAGUGUCGAAGGGUCGCAAUCCAGCAAAAAGACGUCCGUAAAGAAGAAGACUAAUAGUCCUGAGUGGGACGAAUCUUUAUCACUGCCGGUGACCGACUCCUCUGUGCUCCUUUUCCGUGUAUAUAGUCGAGCAAAGCUUUUCGAUGACCCGUUGAUUGCUCAGGCUCAGAUGAAAAUCGCUUCUAUACCAAAAUUGGAUAGUGGAGAAUUUAAUCCGACUGCCAUAUCUGUCCAACUGAAUGGAAAAGAUAAUAAUAAGAUAGGAACACUCAAAGUGGCAUUCUCGGGUAACUUGGACAAGAGCAGGAGAAGCGCGGGUGCCAAUGGACGCAUAGCUGAGGACGGGGAAGCUUCGACUUCGUCUGGUGUGAUGGCAAGGCGUACAUCGGUGAAAAAUCGUGACACUCUAGCACAACAACAACAACAACAGCCAUCAGCUGAGGACCAACGCCUUCCCGAUGGUUGGGAAAUGCGAUAUGAUCAGUAUGGUCGCAAAUACUACGUGGAUCAUACAACGAAGAGUACUACAUGGGAAAGACCAUCCACACAACCUCUACCAUCUGGAUGGGAAAUGAGGAGAGAUCCGCGUGGAAGAGUGUACUAUGUUGACCACAAUACUCGCACAACUACAUGGCAAAGACCGACGGCGGAUAUGCUCGAAGCCCAUGAACAAUGGCAAUCAGGAAGAGAUCAGGCAAUGCAUCAGUGGGAGCAGAGAUUUCUGCUGCAAGCGAACUCAAUGACGGCUAGUGAUGACCCACUGGGACCAUUACCAGAUGGUUGGGAGAAGCGUGAAGAUCCGAAGACAAGAAGGGUAUACUUCGUCAACCAUGUGAAUCGAACAACGCAGUGGGAGGACCCAAGAACUCAGGGAGUUUCGGACCAGCCACUUCCUGAUGGCUGGGAAAUGCGCUUCACUGAACAAGGAGUUCCAUUCUUCAUAGAUCAUUCGACGAAGACAACCACUUAUAAUGAUCCUCGUACUGGAAAACCAGUAGGACCGAUGGGAGUGUUUGGCGUGUCGAUGUCUUACGAGAGAACUUUCCGAUGGAAAAUAGCGCAGUUCCGCUAUCUGUGUUUGUCGAAUAGUGUUCCCAACCAUGUGAAGAUAACAGUGUCCCGUACAAAUGUGUUUGAAGACUCGUUCCAAGAAAUUAUGCGGAAGAACGCGGUUGAUCUGCGCCGCAGAUUGUAUAUACAGUUCCGUGGAGAAGAAGGUCUCGAUUAUGGAGGAGUUGCUAGGGAAUGGUUUUUCCUGCUUUCACAUGAGGUACUAAAUCCGAUGUACUGCCUGUUCAUGUAUGCGGGUAACAGUAAUUAUAGUCUUCAAAUAAAUCCAGCUUCGUUCGUUAAUCCUGAUCACCUCAAGUACUUCGAGUACAUCGGAAGGUUUAUAGCUAUGGCUCUUUUCCAUGGAAAAUUUAUCUACUCUGGGUUUACCAUGCCUUUCUACAAAAAGAUGCUCAGCAAAAAGAUCGCUCUAAAAGACAUCGAACAAGUCGACACAGAGUUUUACAAUUCGCUUAUGUGGAUCAAAGACAACAAUAUUGACGAAUGUCAGAUGGAACUAUAUUUUGUCGCUGAUUACGAGUUACUCGGAGAGCUUAAAACCCAUGAGCUGAAGCCUGGUGGGACAGACAUUGCAGUGACAGAGGCGAAUAAACUGGAGUACAUUUCUCUUCUCGUAGAGUGGCGUUUCAAUAGGGGUGUGGAACAGCAAACGAAAGCAUUCUUCACUGGUUUCAAUUCUGUAUUCCCACUCGAAUGGUUGCAGUACUUUGAUGAAAGAGAACUGGAGUUGCUGUUAUGUGGGAUGCAGGACGUUGAUGUAGACGACUGGCAAAGAAACACCGUGUAUCGACAUUACGCACCGCAAAGCAAGCAAGUUGUGUGGUUCUGGCAAUGGGUUCGAAACCUAGAUCAGGAGAAGCGUGCCAGAUUAUUACAAUUUGUCACCGGCACAUGUCGUGUCCCUGUGGGUGGAUUCUCGGAACUGAUGGGUAGUACUGGACCACAAUUGUUCUGUAUAGAACGGGUUGGCAAAGAAAACUGGCUUCCACGGUCACAUACCUGCUUCAACCGACUCGAUUUACCACCGUACAGAAGUUAUGAGCAGUUAUCCGAAAAACUUAAUAUGGCAAUCGAAAUGACCGAGGGUUUCGGGAACGAAUAA